AUGCGACUUGAUGGCGACGUUCAGCUCUGCAGGUGGGUCCCACACUCGAUGAUUGCUUUUGUCGAGUUUUUCACGGAACUGGCAUUGACACUAGACUUUUCAUUGUCUAUUUCGUGGUCAUGGACCGACUACGAGGCGAAGAGAUCAAAUGGGGAUUUUGAGUCGGCGGUUGAGGUAGAGACGGAUGAAGAGGAGAAAGAGAAGGACAAGCCCAGUGAUAUUGGUGCGGAUGCGCAGAGUAUUGAUGGAGAUGAUGAUAAUGAUCCCCUUGCGAAAAAGCGCAAAAGGCAAAUGAGGAAUAGGGAUGCGGCAGUAAGAUCACGGGAAAGGAAGAAGAUGUAUGUGAAGGAUCUUGAGGCGAAGAGCAAGUAUUAUGAAGCCGAAUGCAAGAGGCUGGGGAUUAUGCUCCAGUGCUGUCUUGCAGAGAAUCAAGCAUUACGGUUUUCGUUGCACAAUAAUAAGGCAUUUGAUGCAUCCACGACCAAGCAGGAGUCUGCUGUGCUCUUGUUGGAAUCCCUGCUGCUGGGUUCCCUGCUUGGGUUCCUGGAUAUCAUCCUUUGCCUUCUAAUCCUGUCCACCCACAUCCUCCCGUUUCUGGAAAACAACGGGGGAAGCCCAGAAUCCGAAAGUGUGGUGGCUCCAAGAAACAAGGCUCAUAAACUGGUGGUGGGUGUAUUUAGUUUGUGUAUGAUGGGCAGGACAUGCAAAGCUUCGAGAACAAAAAUGAAGUUGAAAGUGCUGUCUGCUGCAGAUAUAGUUGGAUGA